AUGGGUCUGACAUUCACGAAGUUUUUCAGUCGACUUUUUAUCGCAAAGAAUGAGUUGCGUAUUCUACUGGUUGGUCUGGGUGCCGCUGGGAAGACUACAAUCUUGGACAAACUCAAGCUGGGAGAAAGCGUUACAAAUAAUCCUGCCGUUGACAUUCCUACCAUUAGCAUUCCGACUGUUGGUUUUAAUAAAGAGUCGGUGGAAUACAAGAACAUCAAUUUCACCUUUUUAGACGUUGGAGGUCAGAUGAUGAGUGCAAGUUAUUUGAAUACGUUCUUGUCCUUCCUCCAAUCCCCGCAAGGUUUGAUCUAUGUGGUGGAUAGCAAUAACAGAGAUCGAGUUGAUGAGGCAAGAGAUCAAUUGCACUGGAUGCUGAAUCUGGAUGGGUGGCCAGAUGCUGUGUUGCUGAUUUUAGCUAACAAACAAGACAUUCCUAAUGCGAUGAAUGUUGCUGAGAUAUCUGAGAAGCUAGAUCUUAACUCACUCAACAAUCGUAAAUGGCACAUCCAGAGCACAUGUGCAACCUCUGGAGAAGGCGAUGUGGUACUAUUUAACAUAUACGAGGGUUUGGAUUGGCUUUCCAACAACAUUGCUAACAAUGUAAGCAACUAA